AAGUUGUGAAAAUUCUUAUCAGUGUUGUGACCAGAAAAUUUUCAUCAAUCCAAUAUUUUUACAAUUGUUUCAGCUUAAUUGUUGCAGUUAAAGCUAAAACCGCUAAACCCAAUAUAUAUUGGGCUAGACCACUGGUGGAAUCUUUAAGUUGGGAAAAAUACGUGAGAUAACUUCAGAUUUUGUGAAAAACAAAACUCGGAUCGAUACCUUAAGUAUCGUCACAGACUAGGAACAGAAAAAAACAACAAUGGUUGGUUAAAAGAUCUUGAAUUGGGAACUAAAAUUAAACUAUUGUUACAAAACAACUGGUAAAUCAGAAAUUUGAAUAAUUAAAGGAUACGAAAAAGAUCGUCAAAAUGUUGAACACUAAUCUAGUUGUUCCGGUAGUUUUGUGGGGUCCCAACACUCCCACGCACUGUGUUUCUAGUGUGUUUUUAUCCCGGGACCAGAAAAUUCUUGUAACCGGUUGCUAUGACGGUCAAAUAUGCCUUUGGCAAGUUGAUCCGGAGACGUUGCAGAUGACGCCACGAUGUCUACUGGUGGGUCACACGGCUCCAGUCUUGUGUCUGACGCGAGCUUCUAUUAUUCAGGACAAUAAUUUCCUGGUGAGCUCAUCGGAAAAUGGCGAAAUGUGCACCUGGGACCUAGUGGAUGGCAAGUGUACUGAAAGUAUUAAAUUGCCUCAAGUCCAUACUAAUAUCCAGGCGUACCAUAUGGCCAAUUGUGACGACAUCCGCUUGUUCUGCAAUGGAUACUAUGCGGAAAUCAUGGUAAUGGACCCCUUCAGUCUUGAAGUUCUAUUCAGUUUGAGCUCUAAGGUCAACCCAGACUGGAUUUCUGCCCUACACGUGCUUCGUCCGUCGAAGCGCAAGGACGAUGUUGUUUUGGCCAUCACCACUACUGGCACUGUGAAGGUUUGGACGCUGAUCGGGAAUGAAAACAAAUAUUCGGAGCCAAUCUACGAGAAUGAAUCCAAGCAAAUACGUUGCUUGAAUGCCAUUACUAUGAAUUGUUGCUCUCAAAACCAGCGCACUGUUCUUAUAGUGUGUGCUAAAUAUUGGCAAAUCUACGACGCAGGAGAUUUCACUGUUUUAUGUAGCGUCAUUUCACCUUCGGGUGAACGUUGGAUGGGAGGAGAUUUCUUAUCUAACGAUAGGGUAAUCCUCUGGUCAGACGAAGGCAAAGGUUACAUGUAUCGCCUGCCUGCUAACAGUAUUCCUGAUAACAAAGAUUUCCACGGACCAUCUGUAGGGAAAGAUUCUCCCUUCCUAUACUGCGUCCUAUCGCAAACUGGAGAAAAACCAUUAUCCUGUCCACCGACGAUGAAACUGGUUACUUCAAAUAGAGGAGGUAAAACACAGAAAUAUUUGCUGCGCGGGGACUCCGAAGGAUUCAUCAACAUAUGGGCUGUUCCGGACAUUACAAUGGAACAGAUCAAACAAAUGCAAAAUGAAAAACGUUUACCUUCAACUUUACAAUCUACGAUUUGCACCAGCUUAGAAGAAGCCUGGAAUCAAAUGAAUCCGCUUCCGGUUGGUAUUCUGGAUCAGCUUUACCGUAAUAGCGACGAACCAAUGAUAAAACUGACGGCCAGCAUCUAUUUACCAAUGCAAAGCCGUUUGGUGGUCGGUAGAGAAGAUGGCAGCAUUGUGAUUGUUCCAGCUACGCAAACCGUCAUGUUGCAUCUCCUAUAUGGACAGCAUCAGGAGUACAGCGAUUGGCCUCGUCAUCAAGUAUUGAAUGGGCACAGCGGUCGUGUAAACUGCUUACUUUGUCCGUCACUUGCAAAUACACGCUACGACAAAUCACAUCUAGUAUCUGGUGGCGUUGAUUUUGCCGUUUGCUUGUGGGACUUGUACAGCGGUCAACUUAUUCAUCGGUUUUGCGUGCACGCCGGUGAAAUAACUCAAUUGUUGGUACCCCCACCAACAUGCAGUCCCAGAAUAUUAAAGUGUAUCUGCUCGGUGGCUUCAGAUCACUCUGUGACGCUGCUCAGUCUACAGGAACGAAAAUGUGUUACCCUGGCUAGUCGCCAUCUGUUUCCAGUUGUAUCAAUCAAGUGGAGACCAUUGGAUGAUUUUCUCAUCGUUGGCUGCUCAGAUGGCACAGUUUACGUUUGGCAAAUGGAAACCGGACAUCUCGAUCGAGUACUUCAAGGCAUUUUAGCUGAGGAAGUUAUGAACGCAUGUGAUGAAAAUACCGGAGAUACCGGUAGCAGCGCAGGAUCUACUUCAGAUAUGGGUCUUGCAAAUCCAGCCGUUCACUUCUUCAGAGGUUUACGCCACCGGAACUUUAACGCAAUAAGACAUGCAACGCAACGAGGUAUACAUCAGUUGCAACAACUGCAUGCCCAUAACAAUCAGCAUGGAGACUUCCUAAUGAAGAACAGGAGCAGUCCUCUAAUAAUCCAAGGACUACGUACGAACCCGAAAGAUGCCGAGAGCCAUAUUUUGUUUUUCGAUAUCGAAGGGUUAAUCUUUGAACUCCAUGCUGAAGAGUACGCUGCCAUGAGUCCCAGUACUUUAGAGGCUGAAGGGCUUUUAAUUCCUGCUGGCGCAGAAGCUCAUCCUUCCGAAGCUGGUAAAAAGAUCUCGGAAUUCUUUGGACGCGUUAAGAACAAAGCUGGUGACAUGGAAAAAAUUCUAAAAGAAAAAGAUAAACACGGAAUUUUGGCAAAAAUGAAAGAAGGUGCCGAAAAUGUACAAACCAAGGUUCAGGCUAAAUUGGACAGUGUGGUUAAAAAUGUUGGUGAUACGGGUAAGGAUGCUUCUGAUCUCAGUCGCAAAAUUGCCCCUCGUAUGGAAGCUACGCAUGUUAUGGAGGUUGCCCAACUACUCUUGUCGCUUUUGCACUCGUGGGGUUUGGAUCCCCAUCUCGAUAAGGUCUGUGAGACACAACUAGGCCUGUUGAAACCAAAGAUUCCAGUUUCGUUUGGCGUAUUAUCGAAAGGCGGCUAUAUGUCUCUAUUGCUACCAACGUGGCAAAAUAAUAUAGGUGCCCCAACAGAAGCAACCGACGUUGCCGUUUUGUCGUCAAAAGAAAUCACUUGGCAAGAUCAUUUGACGAAAAUGUUCACCGCACGUUUACAUUGGGAACUGAGCACAACUUUAACUUCGAAUCAUUUGUUGGCCUUGAUUGCCAUGUCUAAUACCCUAAUGUCCAUGAAUAUGGCAACCUUCAUACCGGAACAGGAACGUAACCGAAAGUUGCACCGUCAAUCAACUCGGGCUUCCUGGACAAAUGACGAAGAGCAAGAGGAAUUAUUCACGCAGCAACAAGCUCAAAUUAAGCAAGGCUGGAGCCUUCUUUCAACUCAUCAUUGCUUUUUACUUCCGGAAAAAAUAGAUGCAUUGGACGCGAACACUUUCAAGAGACCUCAAGUUGAGAUGAUGGCCCGCCGUUGGCAGCACCACUGUUUGGAGAUCCGUGAAGCUGCUCAACAGCUACUUCUCGGGGAACUCGGUAGAAUGGGUAAAAAGGGUAGAAAACAACUUGUGGAAAGCUGGGCUCAAUAUCUUCCAAUGUACACCCAUACUGAACCCAUCGUUCAACAGACACAGCCCAAUAACCAAUCUAACACAGGCUCUCCUGUCGCUACACCUGGAGGGCAACCUAUGGAAGCCCAAGACGAAGAAUCCGAAGAAGAGGAAGAAGUUGUGCGCAAACCUUCAAGUUUGGCGGAAUUGAAACGAAAACAAACAACCGCCGUUGUACUGCUUGGUGUUAUAGGGGCAGAAUUUGGACAAGAUAUUUCAUCGUCGGAUGGCAAACGAAAUAAUGAAAAUCGUCGUAAGAGUUCUGUCGUAGAAGGUUUUGGCAUUGGUAACAAUAAUCUGGCUCGGUCCACGUCGAUGGCUCUGACACAUUUGCUACUUGCCCCACCAACUACUAAACUUCCCGCUUAUACCCCACUGAGAAGGGCUGCCAUCGAUUUGAUUGGACGUGGAUUUACUGUUUGGGAACCAUACAUCGACGUCAGUAAAGUAUUGCUAGGGUUGCUGGAAAUGUGUUGUGACUCUAAUCGUCUCAUUCCUGUCUUGAAUUACAAACUUCCAUUGACACCGCAAGCGGAUGCUUGUAGAACAGCUAGACAUGCCCUCCGUUUGAUUGCGACUGCCCGACCAGCUGCUUUCAUAACCACAAUGGCACGUGAGGUUGCCCGGUACAAUACCAUGCAACAGAACGCACAAGCCAUUAGUGUCCCUAUAACUAAUUCGGUCCUGCAUAGGGCUAAGAGAGAAAUUUUACAGUGCGUUGAAAUGUUGAUUGAUAAAAUGCAGACAGAUAUUGCAAAUCUACUAGUUGAGGUUAUGGAUAUAACGUUACAUUGUGUCGAUGGAGGAGAUCUUAAGAAUAAGGGCCUCGCGGAAGUAAGCCCAGCUAUGUGUAAAUUUAAUCAAGUUUCUCACUGCGGACAAUCGAGAAGAAUUGCUGUGGGAGCCAACAACGGUCAUUUAGCCAUCUAUGAACUGCGGCAGAACAAGUGCCAGAUGAUUCCGGCGCAUACAAAACCCGUGACCGCGCUUGCUUUCAGUCCGGAUGGCAAACUUUUGGUAAGUUAUUCUUGCGCCGAAAACAGACUCUCAUUCUGGCAAACCAGUACCGGAAUGUUCGGUUUGGGCCAAUCCCAAACCCGUUGCAUCAAGGGCUACUCAACCGCACCGAUUCCGGAUGUGGCCCGGCUGAAUCCCAUGCGACUGGCCAAGCUGUACUGGAUUAAUAAUCGGACGGUUACACUUAUACUGGCCGAUGGGUCAGAGACGCGCUUCAAUGUAUAAAGUAUAAAAUUUGUUAAAUAUUAUGUUAUACGCUUCUAAACAGUAAGUUUUAAAAUUUAUGUAAUUUUAAAUCAUCUGCAAGUGCUGCAAAAAAGAGGCAUCAGCAGCAUUGUUUUCAUUGAUGAAAUUUUAUGAUUCGUUUGGCAAAAAAAAUUAUUCGAAAGCUGUGUAUUUUCAGAUGGUAAUGUAAUACGUUACUUGUAAAAUUUAUUCUAUCAAAUUGGAAUUUGAUGCAAUAUUACUAAGGACUAAACAAUUGCUGGGGAGGUGAAAUUUCAAACUAACUACUCUUUUCUUUACUACAUAUAAACAGAUUUCUUAACCAUAUACGUUAACAACUGCAACUAGAUCAACACUAUCCGAUUGCCUCACGGCUUGUAGGUGUAUAAAUCUGAAAACAAAGCGUUCCAGAAUAAACGUUACUCCAAAAGGAAAUGGACCUCAUGUCUACCUGUUUAAUCAGUGCAGCAAUCGGUCGCGAUCUCCACUUAUAUAAUUAUGCAAAUUUUGCGUAUUUAUUCCGUAAAUUUUUUCUUUGUUUCCUUUACGCCAGUUCAUCCUCUGUAUAGAUUAUUCCCUUUUAUCCCAUUCCGUUGUUAGCGCGUUUGCCUCUUACGAAUAAAAUAUACAGACAAACCUGCCGAUAAUCACAGCGCGAUCGAUUCAGUCGACCGAGAGGAAGGCACCUGCUGCCUUUAUUAAUGGAGUGGAAGUGGACGAUUUAUGAUUUGACCUAUAUAUGAUCACGAAUUUGGUCGCUAUGUGGCUUGAGCCAUUAUUUCUUUUCGGUUUAAGCUUCAUGCCAUCGGCUGGCCAGAUGACCUGCUUUCCGUUAAUCGGAAAAGGAUGAUGACAAUAUUUGCACGACUGUCUUGCUCCAUUGGCGGUGGGAAAUUUUUAUUUCUGUGGAUUGAUAACACGAUUACUUCAAGAUUCUUUUCGCGAAAAUUUAUCUAACUUGAUAGAUUUAAGCAAUUAGUGUUGAUUUUGUUCUACCAAAAUUUCAAUGGAAUUAGGUCGAGUUAUAUUGUCAAGUAACUAUCACUGUAAGAUAAGGUGCACUAAGAUUGCUGUUAAUAAUUAUAUAUGGCUAUUAUUGUUACAUUCUAAAUAUACUAUAUCCUAAAAUUA